AACCUAACCUAAAAAAGUAAAUAGGAAAUUCCAAUUCCGCACCUGGAUCUGCUUGAUAAGGUCUGAAAAGACCGCAGUGCUGUGAUCUCUUUGGUAUUUCCACAUACUUUAAUUUUUUUUCUUAUCUUACACACCUUGUGACCCUUUAGAAAAUAUAAAGUCAUUACAUGUAUCGUUAAAUCGUGACCAAUUUUUACAGCCGUGUGUCGUGUCAUAAACUCCACCACUGUUCGAUCAGUAGCAGUCCACACAUACCUCUUUUCUAAUUUGGAUUAGGGAUUGACUGAGAAAUUAUGGCCACUAUCUUGGAAAAAAUUGCGGCCAUUGAGGCCGAGAUGGCUCGAACGCAAAAAAACAAAGCCACCUCUGGUCAUCUUGGACUCUUGAAAGCAAAAUUAGCAAAACUCAGGCGUGAAUUGAUAACUCCCAAAGGUGGCGGCGGGGGUCCAGGUGAAGGUUUUGACGUUGCAAAAACAGGAGAUGCUAGAAUUGGUUUUGUAGGUUUUCCCUCUGUUGGAAAGUCAACCCUUCUGAGUAACCUCGCAGGUGUCUACUCCGAAGUUGCAGCCUAUGAAUUCACAACUUUAACCACAGUUCCUGGAUGCAUCAAGUAUAAAGGCGCCAAGAUUCAGUUAUUGGAUUUACCCGGUAUCAUUGAAGGAGCAAAGGACGGGAAAGGUCGAGGACGGCAAGUCAUUGCUGUUGCCAGAACUUGCUCUCUCAUCUUUAUUGUGUUGGAUGUACUAAAACCUCUCGGUCACAAGAAGAUUCUUGAGCAUGAAUUGGAGGGUUUUGGACUUCGAUUAAACAAACAGCCUCCAAAUAUAGUUUUCAGGAAAAAAGACAAAGGAGGAGUUAACCUUCAAUGCAUGGUAACUCAAUCAGAACUUGAUUUGGACACAGUAAAAUCAAUCUUAGCUGAAUAUAAAAUACAUAAUGCUGAUAUUACUUUGCGGUAUGAUGCAACAGCAGAUGAUCUUAUUGAUGUUAUUGAAGGCAAUCGUAUUUAUGUUCCCUGUAUAUAUUUGCUGAAUAAAAUCGAUCAAAUCAGCAUAGAAGAGUUAGAUGUAAUUUACAAAAUUCCUCACUGUGUCCCCAUUUCUGCCCAUCAUAAAUGGAACUUUGAUGACCUACUGGAGAAAAUGUGGGAGUACCUAAAACUGGUUCGAAUUUAUACAAAACCCAAAGGACAGUUGCCUGAUUAUCAGUCUCCGAUUGUGCUACACUCAGAUCGACGAAGUGUUGAGGACUUCUGUAACAAAUUGCAUCGCACAAUCGCUAAGGAAUUCAAAUAUGCCCUCGUCUGGGGAUCAUCUGUCAAACAUAUGCCACAAAAAGUUGGAAAGGAUCACGUUCUGAACGAUGAGGAUGUCGUCCAAAUUGUUAAAAAGAUAUGAAGAAGCCUCCUUUUGUAUGUAUCGAUGUUAUUUUUGAAGCUAAUUUUGUGAUUAAACGUGACUUUUUUUCUUAUUU